AUGUCGUUUGAUCACAAUACUCCGGCUUUAACACCAUCACAAUUGCGAGAGACUGAAAAAUUUGUUAACAAUCUCAAGGUUGGAGAACUUCAGGUAAGCGUUUUUUUAAAUUUUUGAUAGGUUCGAUUUCAAAAAACCGACAAGAGAACUAUUCUGUGACUCUUUAAAAUAAAGUUGAAAUUAGGAGUCACUUCAGAAUCUCAUGGCAUUUCAAAAUGGAGACGUUUUUGCCUUUAAAUCACAGCUCACAAGUUCAUUUUUUCUGACAAGAGUUAGGUUAGAAUUUCAAGUUUUUAAUAAAAUGCGAAAUUGUAAAACAUAGAAUUCCCAGGACCAUUUGCUCUUACUGUAGUUUUUUGAAUUCCUUUUGAAAAAAAGUUUGCUUGUUAAUAAGCUUCAUAAUUUAGCCAAUUAAAAGUUGUCCUUUUAUACAUUUUUUAUAAUUUUUAUACAAAGAAACAAAACAGUUGCACUAUUAUAUAAUAUGUGCGCAUUGGCGUAGUUGUGUUUACACACCAAAAUGUGUUUAUUACAAGUUUUAUUGCAUAUGUUUCUCUUUCUCUAUAAACCGCUUCGUUUGUUUUUCAGAAACUUCUAGACAAAUUACAUCAAUCAAGAAGAGGAUUGAAAACGGAAUUAUUGGAAAGAGUUCAAUCUUUGCUUAGAAGUCCAUCAACACAACGAGGUGUUUAUCAAUAUGUAAGUUGUGCAAUAAUAUCAAAUUUUGUAUUGUAUUACACUAUGCUCAAAAAAAAUCAAUUUUUGUUUUACAGUGUCAAAACGAAAUGUCGAAACAUUAUAGCAGUGUACAACAUCGAAGCUUUUCGUAAGUUAUAUUUUUUCGGGCUAAAAUUUUGAAAUUUAUAUUCAAAAUCCAACUUUUAGCGGCGUCAGUUUUCCACAAAACAAUUAUCGAACUGGAUUAUCAAGUGGUCUUGGAGGAUCGACAAUGUUUUCCGCACAACAAUGCACAAUGCAACCGGUAUGUUUGUUUUUUUUUAAUUUUCAGUAUUUCAUGUAAUUAUUCAACUUUUCUAAAACUAGAAUUGGUUUUACGUCGAAAAGCCGUGCCAAGUCUCCAAUAUAUUUCAAAAUUUCCAGACAAAUCGAGCUGCUCCAGCAGAAUUGAGAAUAGUUGCUCUUCCAUUUUAUGAUGUUACACGAACUCUUUUAAAUCCAAUGGAAUUGGCUGCAGCACAAUCAUCAACACAAAGAUAUACAACAAGAGCUGGUUUUUCAUUCAAUCUUGAUAUGGAUAAUGUUGCACAAAUCAAAUAUGAUUCAAAUAAUCAAAAAUUACCACGUUAUGAAGUUCAGUUGAGAUUUUUCAAUACAUCGGAUUUAAAAGACCCGCAAAAAGAUGAUUUUCCAUUGAAUGUAAAUGUCAAAUUAAAUGGAAUGAUGGUUAAUUUGCCAAGUGUUAUUCCAACAAAUAAACCAAAUACCGAAGCAAAACGACCAUCAAAACCAGUUGAUAUGACACAACAAUGCCAAAAAAGAGCUGGAGUUCAACAAUUAUCAAUUGAAUGGACUUGUGAUAAAAGAAGUUGGGCUGUUGGUGUUUAUUUGGUGAAACGAAUCAAUACGGAGAUAUUAUAUAAUCGAUUAGUUGAGGAUAUCAGUAAACAUCGGCAAAUUGAAGUAACUCGACAAGAAAUUACGAGAAGAUUGAAUGGAUCAGAUGAUGAUGGAAUUGCUAUGGAUCAAUUGAAAAUUGGUUUAUUAUGCCCGGUUUGUUUUUUUUUGUUUAAUUCACAAUUAGAUAAUUUAAUAAUUUGUACUUACAGCUUGUGAAAAUAAGAAUGAGUUGUCCUGCAAGAUGCAGUGAUUGUACUCAUCUUCAAUGUUUCGAUCUCACCUCAUAUUUGAUGAUGAAUGAAAAACGAGCAGUUUGGAAUUGUCCAGUUUGUUCGAAUUAUGCGCCAUAUGAAAAACUUAUUAUUGAUGAGUAAGUUUUAAAAAAUAUUUGUCACCCAAAAUUUAAGAACAAUAAUAGUUUCUUCACCUGAGAAGGCGUUUUUUCAUGUAAAUCCCUAUUUUUCAAAUUUUAUUUUGUGAACCCAUUUUAAUCGUAAGUUCUAUAAACGGAAAAUUGAUUGUUAUCAGUUUCUAAAUUUGUGCGAAAAAUCCAAAAAUAGACUGAUAUGGUCAUUAUUUUUAUCAUCGGUUCAUUUUCAACUCAAUACGUCAAUUGAGCAUUUAUUGAUGCUGCCAACACCCAAACACGAAUAAAAAAUCACGAUAAGGAUUACUGUAAUUGUGUGGAUUUUUAGAUUGUUGAUCUUUUAAUAUAAAUUGACUUCUUGUUUCAGAUAUUUCAAAGAUGUUAUCAAUAAGGUUGAUUCGAAUACAACAGAAGUUGAAUUGAAAGCAGAUGGAAGAUUCGAAAUGUUGAAAAAUGAAGAAUCAUAUGAUGUUUCGAGUGAUGAUGAUGAUGGAAUUCAAGUAAAAAGAGAAACAAAACAUGUUGAUGCAUCAUCUAAUAGUAAUUCAAAUCCACCAUCAAGACCUUUUUCGACUGAUGAUGUUAUUGGUAAGAUUUGAGUAUUGAAUAUAAAAUUUGAAAUCGAGGUUUGAAAAAAUUAAAUUCUCAACGUUGUUUUUCAAGUUAAUAGUUGAGAGAGGUCGUUAAAAUGAAACUAAGUCACAAUCAGUUUUAUCUCAUUCUCCUUCUUUUAGGAAUAAUUUCGAUAAAAUUGAUUAUUUUUCAGUUUUAUCGGAUAGCGAGGAUGAGAAUGAUGAUAUGGCUGCUGCAAUCAGUAAUUCACUUCGAACUCCGCCGCCAGAACUUGAAACAUUUGGAAGUAAUGGAAAUGGAAAUGGAAAUUGUGGUAUGAAACGAAAAAUCGAUGUGAUUACACUUGAUGAUACUCCACCAAGACUGAAUGAAGCAAAACGGAGAAUUGAUGAUGUUAGUAGCACAACAAAUAAUGGAUUUCUUCCAAGAACUGAUUUGAGUCGAAUUAAUCUUCCACCAUCAACCAGUCAACAACCAUCAACAUUAGUUGAAGCACUUGAUAAUAUUAAUGGUGAUCAGGUUAGUUGUUUUUUUUUGUCGAGUUAUUCUUAUACAAACCAAAGUUCUAGAACAAAUUUGUUAAUCAUACUGAAUUAACAUUAUUCGAUAGCUUUUUUGAUUUGAAUUUAAAACAACAAAAGCACUGUUUGUCUUGUCUUAAUUGUGUUUUUAUUUCCAAUCCUAACCUAGACAAAAUGUGCACAGUAACACGUGUUGUUACAGCUUACAUAUCAUCAAGACAUUGUGUCCCCUAAUAAUAUGCAUCAAAAUCCAAUGGAAUUUCCAUAUUCGGUGAGAUUUUGUGUUGUGGUGUUUAUGUGUUUUGUGUCUUUUUCGUGGCGUUUUUACUAAUUCUUUCGAUUAGAGAAAUUUGGCAAAACAAAGUUUGGCUUCGGCUUUUUUUUGGCAAAAAAUCCCUCAUGAAUUCUUAAAAAAAUCUCGUAUAAUCUUCUUUUAUUUUAAAGAAGUCAGAGUUAAAAAAUUUCUAGACGCGUUCUCUUGACACUUAGGUUUUCUAGGUGCUGCUACUUGACAACUAGAAUUUAUAGGCUUGGCUAUUUGGUAUAGGAGUAGAUUUAUAGACGCGGGUCCUAGACAUUUAGUUUCUUUAGACUCAGCUACUUGCUUAAAAACUAGGCUACUAUAUUUGGCAUACAAGCUCUGAAGCCCUCAUUGGGUUUCAAAAAAUCCUUUGAUAAACUUUAAAAUUUACUCUUUUGAAAUCAUCAUUCUAAAAUAUGUUGAUUUUUCAUAAAAUAACAAUUCGACGAUUUCCAACUUUAUAGUAAAAAAAAAUUCUAUUCGAAAAUUUCGCAAAAUAUCUGGGUUUCGAAAGAUCAUUUUCACCAGCUCUGAUUCAGAUUUUUGCUUUUUUUCUUAUAUCGUUUUGUUUCAAUCUAGUUGUUCUCUUCUAGAAAUCUAUCAAUUAGAUAUUGAUUUUUCUUUCUCUCAUUCAUUUUUUGCUUCAUUCCGUAUUUUUCUGCAGAAUGCUGGUGUUUCAUAUGCGAAUAGUUGGCGUCAAACAAUGUCGACAUCAAGUUCUGCUUCAAUUCCAUCAAUGAAUACAUAUAAUGUUCCUCCGCCAACACCAAUUACACCUGUCAAUUUAAUUGGUCGACAAAUGAAUGAUGUUAUGGGAAAUCCGAUGGGAGGAAAUCAGAUGGCUGGACCGGCUGCAUUUAAUUUUAAUCAACCAAUUCCGCAACAUCAACAACAGCCACAACAAGUUCAAAAUGGAAUGAUGGCAAAUAAUAUGCCAAAUUAUAGUGGUUAGUUUUUCUUGAUUAUCGUAAACAAUUUCACCUGCUGUUCUUUUUUUUUAUUGCAUCCACUUUCUACUCAUUUUUUUGUUUUGUAUGCAUGCUCUGCCUCCUUUUCAGUUCCUCCGCCACCACCACAACUUCCACCAGAUAUUUCACAAUCGGCUUCUUCUCAAAAUUUGAUGAAUUCAUUGCAAAUUCAAAAAAUGUCAUCUCAACAACCACCACAUCGUCUUCUUCCACAUAAUUUUCCUUACCAACCACCAAUUUCAACACAAUCAAAUAGUCAAUCACGUUUAAUACCACCACCUCUUCCUAGUGGUCGAAGGGUUUUAAUUCAAAGACCGCCUUCAAUGCCACCAACAAAUAGUAAUAAUAAUAAUAAUACAUCGUGGUCGACGUGGAAUCAUCAUCAACCAAAUUAAGCGAGUUUUUGAUUGGCUGAUUAGUUUGCAUGUUGCUGUUUUUGUGUGUCAAAUUUGUCGUGUUUUAUUUGUUUUGUGGAGGAUUCUCGAUGUUUUUAAAUUUUUUUUUAGAUUGAGUGAUUCAGCUAGAAAGUUACUUCCCAGGGAAAAUCACCAAAUUUACUUUUUCUGUUACUUCGGUAGUUAAAAGAACACCCAAAGAGAAAUGUUUCCAGAGUUCCUAGAGUGAACAACUCUCCCAAAAUAGUUAUGACGUAGCAAAAUUGUCAGUUUUGAUCAAAGGGAUUGCUUCUCAAACGGAACACCGCUGUAAAAUCAAAAUUGAAAUAUACUGUGCCAAAGAUGAGUUAUAGAACCGAAAUGUCCAAAAUGGCAAGUUUUCCACGUCAUAACGAGAUUUUGGUUGAGUUGUGCACCCUAUGGUUUUCAGAAUAAUUAUUCCGUAGGAUAUUUUUUUAACUCCCGAAGUUACAGAAAAAGUUUAUAUGCUGAGUCCACGAAUUUCUCUUGUUGCAUUUUUCCAUUAUCCUUUUUUCUUAAUCACACCAAGAAGAGAAUCAGGAAUCAGUUUUUAGGCUUCUCAAUCAAAAUUAAUAAAGUAUCGGAAUCCUCUUUUUUUAAUCUUCUGAAAUUUUCAAUAGUGCAUCUUAUUGAAUAUCCUUCUUUUUUCUUACUUUUAGUUAUCCUUUUCAACCCCCGUAUUUUAUUGUUUCUUUUUUUUUCAUUUUUUUGUGUCCGCAUAAACUCUAAAUUGUUUAUUUAUUUAAAGUUUCGAAUUUCAUGCAUGAUAGAUUGAUCAAAUGAAAUCAAAGUGUAAUUCAACUCAAUAAUUAUGUUUUUUUCCAGAUUGGGGUAAUUAUUUGAAUUCGUUACCAUUUAUGUCUCAAACUCAAUCAUAUCAACAGCCACCACCACAUCAUCCAAAUAAUUCAUAUCGUAAAUGA